UCGAUUUCUACUUCCUAUCAUCUGACUUGUUGUGAAGAACUGGACUGACGCGAAGUUGGUGUGCGCGAUAAAAAAAGAUUCAUAUUAUUGUCUACAAUCGCCAAUACUUCGAUUAUGAAGGGGAUGUCGCAUAUUCUGCUGAGUCAGACCUGCUGAAAACACCACACAGUCUACAAAAUGGAUUUCCAGAAGCUGCUAUUAGAGGCAGGGAAGGCCCUGUCUAAGGGCGAAGUAAAGGCUUUGGCAUUUCUUUGCACUGACCUCCUGGUACGAAACCCGACUUCAGUGGAUUCGGCCAGUGACCUCUUCUCUCGUCUGGCGGAUCAAGACUACCUCUCUGCUGAGAGACCACACCUGCUGAUCGAGCUUCUCCUCAUCAUCCAACGCAGGCGUCUGCUCCGUGAGCUGGGGUUCCCUGACCAAGUAUCUACAACAAUCAUCUCUCCUUACAGGAAGCUGCUCUACAACCUGUCUGAGGAGCUGACUGAUGAUGACUUGAAAGAUAUGAAGUUCUUGUUAAACAAACAGCUCCCACGUAAAAAACUGGAGGAAAAUGUUACGACACUAGAGGUUUUCCUGGAGAUGGAGCACAUGGACCUCAUCAGCGACACUGAUCUAGACUUACUGAGGACCCUAAUUCAGCAAGUUUGUCCGAUGUUGAUAGAAAAGAUCAACCGGUUUAAAGCACAACAGGGACUUCGCAGCAACCCUAUAGCUCAAGAAACAGGCCGACCAAGAUCUGUGACUUACCCUAGUGUACUAGAGCAGGUCCCUAAAUCUCGUGACAGGACUUUCUCAAAUGAAAUACCAGGAUUUCAGCCGUUGCCCUUGUCCAGCAUCAAUUCUUCCAACAUCUCUAUGGAUUUUGCAAGAGAGUUGAGAGGUAGAGUUGAAAGCGAGGCCAUGUCAUUUGGGAUGAGUGGUUUAAGCACUGAAACAAGCAGCUCUGCCUCCUCGAAAGGACACCAAGAGAUGUUUUCUCAAGAAAACGAGACCUCCUCUGUAAAAGUGCUGUCUCAGACUGCCAACACAAACACUGAGGAUUUGGGAACAUAUCCAAUGACUUCAGCAAAGAGAGGUAUCUGCUUGAUAGUAAACAACUACGACUUCUCUGGAGCUAAAAAUCUCCAAAAGCGGGAGGGGACCAACAUUGAUGAAGAGUGUCUGCAAAAAGUGUUUAGGUGGCUUGGCUUUGAGAUACAGAUACAGAAGGACUGUCCGGGCGAGGAGAUGCUGUCCGUGAUGAAGGAGGUCGGCCGCAGAAACCACGGUCAGAUGGACUGUCUGGUUUGUUGCUUUCUCAGCCACGGCCAGGAGGGUGGUGUGUACGGCGUGGACGGCAACCUCGUCGAAAUUAGGAAGCUGAUGGAUGCUGUCAAUGGAGUGAAUUGCUCCUCUUUGGCAGAAAAACCGAAGCUGUUUUUCAUCCAGGCCUGUCAGGGAAACAACGAGCAGAAGGCCGUCUACAUCGAGUCCGAUGGCCCUGCACGCACUCAUGUCUGUUGUGAUGCAAUUGAAACUAGAGAGUCCAUCCCAUCUGAUGCAGAUUUCCUGCUGGGAAUGGCCACCGUUCCUGCUUUUGUCUCUUUCAGAGAGAGGAAAAAUGGCACCUGGUUUAUUCAGUCAUUGUGCCAAAACCUUGUCCAGAUGGUGCCCAGGGGUUGUGAUCUUGUGUCUAUCCUGACAAAGGUGAAUGCAGAUGUUAGUCGGAAGACUGAUUCCACUGGAAUGAAAAAGCAGAUGCCUCAACCAGCCUUCACACUCACGAAGAAAGUGGUCUUUCCGGACCCCAGUCACCCUCCUCCCAACCUGUGACACAGACCGCAAUAAUAUGCACAAAUCAGAUGAUCCCUGAGACACAAGCGUUUUGUUUCACAUUCGCUGUUUACAAUGUUAAAUCUGCUGUGUAACAACACCAGAGCCAGCUCCAUUCGCUGAUGAAGACCGUAGAGACCCUCAACGCUAACAGCUCUGGUGGUCAGCAGUUCAGACUGGUUGUGCUGGGCCGCUUCAGAGUGUGAAUGUCAUCAGGGUGUUCUUAAAAAAAUGAGCAUUACUCUCAGUGAACUCCCCCGAAUACAUAAAACAAAUUAAAUCUUUGAAGCGGCUCAAGCACAGAAUUUUUUUUUAAUCAAUGAAACAAUAUUUUUUUAUACACAGUUAUUGUGAAAAUAUUUUCUAAUUUAGAUGCCUGUUCUUCAACCUUUAUUACAUCUGUAAGUCUUCAGUGCAAUGGUUUUAAGUGACUGACCAUAAUGCCACAAAUAUUUAAGCAAAAACACAAUUGUGGAUUAAUUGAGUAGCCAUCAAUAGAAGAUGAAUUUGUUUUCAGCCUCUGAAUUGUGCUGCUCUCACUGUGACUUCAAUAGAAAACAUUUUAUAUAUGUCGAUGGGUGUUACCAUCGGGUCACCCCCCGGGUUGAGUCCUUGCUGCAGCAGCCAUAGGCUUGAAUCUAUCUUAAGCUGUCCUCUCAAUAAAUGUAUAUAAAAAAAAUAAAAAUGAACAAACCACUGAA